AUUUAGUGUUAUCUUUCAUGGUCCUGUCAUUGACUAGGCUCAGUUAGGCGGUUCUUCUUAGGGCCAAAUGGUGGCUAGUGCUGGAUUCAUUUGAAAGCUCAACUAGGCUGGACAUUCAAGGUGGCUUCUUCACUCACAUGUCUGGCACUUCUGUGUUCUUCCAGGUGGCUUCUGUCUCCAGAAAGUUUGUAACACUGUAGAUUAGUUUUGUCUAGUUUAAUACACCAUUUAAGUGCAUUGAUACAUUUCUGCAUCUGACUUUUAUGCAACAGGAUGUUUGUGACACAGGUCCCCAUUAUUAUAUUAUCAGUAGUUUGCCCAUCUUCACUGCUGUGUUCUCUUCCCAUUGUGUGAAUAGACCACACACCAUCCAUCCUUGUGUCAGUGGGUAUUUGGGUAUUUUUCUCUCUGGAGCUAUUAAUAAUUCUUGGAGUGACUGAGGCUGUGAGUGUGAUGCCAGUGGCCAUAGGUCCCUAUGGAAAGUCCCAGCCGAGCUGCUUCAACCAUACAAAGAUGGACUUUAUAAUGGGUUACACCAUGGGCAUGGUGGCCGGCACCUUUUCCUGUCUCAGGAUUGGAAUGCAUGAUCAAGAGUUGAUGGGCAGCAUCAGGAAAACCAUGAUGCAGAGUGGCAGCACCUUUGGCACAUUCAUGGCCAUCAAGAUGGGCCCUGAUUCCAAUCAAGGCAGUGGUUGCCCUCAUCUACCCGAUUUUGUAAGACCCAACCCAUGUACUAUAGUAAAAAGACUGAGUAAAAAAAAAGUUCUGUGAACAUUCUUAUACACAUCUUUUGAUGAACAUAUGCACUCAUUCCUCUCGGGCAUAUAUCUAGGGAUGGAAUUGCAAAGUCAUGGGGUAGAUAGGUGAUCAGCCUUAGUAAAGCAUGCCAGUUUUUCCAGCUACAGUUUCCCUUGUGGUGAAGGCUACAUUCUUGCCAUCAUUCUCUAUCAUGAAUGCCAGUCAGCAUUCCCCAUUGUUUUCAUGGUAGCCAUUUUGGUGAACAGCUGACCUUUU